UGAAUAUUUUUUUCACAUCCCUAUAUUUGUGUUAUGUGGUCGGUCAUGUGGUUGUCAUAAAUUAUCAUCUGUCAUUAAUUUCCAAUUUCACGUUUUAUUUAGAAUUAAUGUGAAGAAAUCAUUAAGUAUUAAUGAAAGAUGUCUACUAAAAGUAAGUUGGUUGAUAACAAGGGAAAAGAUUGUGAAACUGUAUGGAGGAAAGCGUUUAAGACCAAUGCAGAAUGGCCGGACAAGGAGGAGUUUCUAGAUGUAAUUUAUUGGAUGCGUCAAGCGAUAGGUAUAAUAUUAGGUCUUUUCUGGGGCUUAUUGCCACUGAAAGGUUUCCUGGGAUUGUUACUGUUUGUGGUUGUAAAUGCUGCAGUGAUAUAUUUUUAUGUUAAUAAUUUCCAAACUAUUGAUGAGGAAGAGUAUGGUGGUAUGUGGGAAAUUACAAAAGAAGGAUUUAUGACUUCAUUUGCUGGAUUCUUGGUGACUUGGAUUAUUGUGUUUACUGGACUUCAUGGUAGUAACAAUAACAGUUUAUGAAAUUUAUAAGUGUGACAAGUGUUUAUCAGCCAAGUGUUACUGCCAAGAAAGCUGUAGUACAAAUGAUAUAAUUGUGUGCAAAUGAUGAUUUUUAUUGAAAGUGUGUGUCAAAAUGUCUACAUAUUAAUAUUCUAAAAAUCCUAAAAUAUGUGACAUGACUAGUAUAGGGAUGACGACUAAUUUUUAUUUGUUUGUCUGUCAGGUAGAGUGUUAAAAAAUACUAAACACGUAUUUUUUUAUUUUUUUCAUAAUCA